AGGCCCGGCUGCGCGGCGGGCUGCUGCCGGCGGCGGCGGGCCGGCUCCAUGGCCUUCGUCCGCAAGCGGCGGCUGGAGCGGGAGCGCUGCUCCAGGGAGAGGUUUUCACUGCUUCUUCUUAACCUGGAAGAAUAUUACUUUGAACAUCACACAGCUAAUCAUAUUGUAAAUAAAGGCUGCAGAGAUGAAAGAAAAAUCAGAGGUUCUCUAAAGAUCUGCUCAAAAUCGAUUAUUUUUGAACCUGAUGAAAAAAUCCAACCCAUUAUCAAGAUACCCCUGAGAGACUGUAUUAGUAUAAAAGCCCCAGAAGACAAUGAAGCAAAUAACCCUUUCACAUGGGAUGUAUCUGGAGGGAUUUCUGUUGUGUGUAAUCAGGUUUUUCUCAUUAAAGAAAGAAACAUUAUUGGACCCUAUAAAACAGUAAGAGGAAGAACUGAAUACUUAUUUCAGCUGGAUGUUGCUGGGAAACUGGGAGAUGUUGUACAAACUCUACAUCAGCUCUACAGGGCCUCUUGUCUAGAUAAGAUGGGAGAUCAAGCUGCCAUGAUAACUGCUAUACUGCAGUCACGUUUGGCUAGAACUUCGUUUGAUAAAAACAGAUUUCAGAGCAUUUCUGAAACGCUGCAUAUGGAAUGCAAGGCAGAAAUGGUGACACCCCUGGUGACCAAUCCAGGGCAUGUGUGUGUCACUGAUGCGAACUUGUACUUCCAGCCUCUUAAUGGAUAUCCUAAACCUGUAGUGCAGAUAACACUGCAAAAUGUGCGCCGCAUCUAUAAAAGAAGACAUGGCUUAAUGCCUCUGGGACUUGAAGUAUUCUGCACAGAAAAUGAUCUAUGUUCUGACAUCUACCUGAAAUUCUACAACUAUCAAGAUCGAGAUGAGCUCUAUUUCCUUAUUGCAACAUAUAUAGAAAAUCAUGUUACAGAGCAUACAGCUGAAAGUUAUAUGUUACAAUGGCAGCGAGGGCAUAUUUCGAACUACCAGUAUCUCCUUCAUCUCAAUAAUCUGGCUGAUAGGAGCUGCAAUGAUCUCUCCCAGUAUCCUGUAUUUCCCUGGAUCAUAGCAGACUACUCCAGUUCAGUACUAGAUCUGACAAAGCCUGAAACAUUCCGUGACCUUAGUAAGCCGAUUGGUGCCCUGAAUAAGGAAAGACUGGAUAGAUUAUUGACACGUUAUGGGGAAAUGCCUGACCCUAAAUUCAUGUAUGGGAGCCACUAUUCAUCUCCGGGUUAUGUUUUGUUUUAUCUUGUUAGAGUUGCACCAGAGUACAUGCUCUGUCUGCAGAAUGGAAAAUUUGAUCAUGCCGACAGAAUGUUCAACAGUCUUGCAGAAACAUGGAAAAACUGUUUGGAUGGUGCAACAGAUUUCAAAGAGCUGAUUCCAGAAUUUUAUGAAAAUGAUUCUAGUUUUCUAGUGAACAGUUUGAAAUUGGACUUGGGAAAAAGACAGGGUGGAAAAACUGUUGAAGAUGUAGAGCUUCCCCCGUGGGCAUCAGGUCCUGAUGACUUUCUUCAGAAGAGCCGAGAGGCUUUAGAAAGUCAGUAUGUAUCAGAACAUCUCCAUGAAUGGAUCGACAUAAUAUUUGGUUACAAGCAGAAAGGAAGCGAAGCAAUUGCAGCUCACAAUGUGUUUCACCCAUUAACUUACGAAGGAGGAGUGGAUUUGGACAGUAUUAUGGACCCCAAUGAAAAAGUAGCUCUGCUGACCCAAAUCUUGGAGUUUGGACAGACACCAAAACAGCUGUUCACAAUUCCUCAUCCCCAAAGGAUACUACCUAAAUUGUUUAAAAGCUUGUCUGGAGCAUCUAGUCACAAUGUUUCCAUAGUUGAAUCUCCAGUUUCUGCAAAUGAAGAAUCAUUUGAAGACUUAACAGAAGAAAGCAUAACACUUGCUUGGAACAAUAUUGCCAAACUAAAAUUACAUGAGCAAUAUAAAAUUCACAAAGAGGCAAUAACUGGAAUAGCAGUGACUUGCAAUGGGUCUUCUGUUUUCACUACAUCCCAAGAUUCAACUUUGAAGAUGUUUUCCAGAGAAUCAAAAACACUCCAGAGAAGUGUGUCCUUUUCAAACAUGGCUUUGUCAUCUUGUUUAAUCUUACCAGGAGAUACCACUGUUAUAUGUUCUUCAUGGGACAAUCAUAUAUAUUUUUAUUCGGUUGCAUUUGGAAGACAGCAAGACAUCUUAAUGGGACAUGAUGAUGCAGUCAGUAAGGUCUGUUGGCGUGAUGAGCGCUUAUAUUCUGCGUCUUGGGAUUCCACUGUGAAGGUGUGGCAUUGUGUUCCUGGAGAGACCCUGAGCAAUAAAAAACACCACUUUGAACUAUUUGCAGAGUUAGAACAUGAUGUUAGUGUAAAUACAAUCGACCUAAAUGCUGCAAAUACUAUACUAGCAUCUGGAACCAAAGAAGGUACCAUUAGUAUUUGGGAUGUUACAACAGCAACAGUGUUACACCAGUUGCCAUGUCAUUCUGGGACUGUGUUCGAUGCUGCUUUUAGUCCUGAUAGCAGACAUCUACUCAGUGCAGGAGAGGACAACUGUUUUAAAGUAAUAGAUGUUCAGACUGGAAUGCUUAUUUCUUCUGUAACAGCUGAUGAGCCACAGAGGUGCUUUAAAUGGGAUGGAAAUACCAUCUUAUCAGGAAGUCAGUCUGGUGAGUUACUGAUUUGGGACCUUCUUGGAGGAAAAGUCAUUGAAAGAAUCAAAGGACAUACAGGUGCUGUAAUGUCCAUGUGGAUGAGUGAGCAAUGCAACAGUGUUAUUACAGGAGGGGAAGACAGACAAAUCAUGUUCUGGAAACUGCAAUACUAAGUGCCUUUCCCUCCAGACAUAUACAUGAACUCUUAUUUUAAACCAAACCUUUUAAAGAAACUUAACUGCGUGCAAUGAUGGCUGCUGCUGAAGUUCAACUGGAUAGGAAGCUUUGUUCAGCUACAACUUUCUAAUUUAUGGUGACUUCACUGAGAGCUCUUAACUUCCAUACUGUAUGCAUUUGUUUUUCAUUAACUAUCAUACUUGAAAGUGCUUGUCUUAAAUGACAUCUGAGAUGAAAUUAAAGACCUAUUUUUCUGUAAUUAAAGAGCUCCUAACUUGCAGUCUUUGUUUGAUUUACAUGGGGAUGCAUCAUAGCAUGUUGUUUGAAUUGAUUUCAAAAAAAUAAGCAUUUGCAUUCUUAACUAAAAAGGACUUUUAAGGAAGCUUGCAACUCAAGUGUCAUGUCUCACUACAUAAUAUUGUGUCCCUGUGUAGUAAACCUUUUUGCCUGGUGAAGAUGUGUGCAAUAGCAAAUACUACUUGAACACCUAUCAAGGCAGCUCUUGAUCAGACCAAAGGUUGGUUUGGUCCCCUAACUAGUCUUCAAAUGUAGCUCUCUGCAAAGGCAUAGAAUGUGCUCCUACUCUUCACUAUGUUGCUUUUACCUAUAAAAAAAAUGAAAUUAAUGUGUAUUAACUUGAAAGGAAGCCAGACAAAUCUGAUCCUGUAACAGGUAAGUUAUACAUGUAUAAUAGUGAUAUUUUUUCUUUGCAGUAAACUUGUUUUUCCCUGUAGGACUUCAGAAGAUAUCCCCCUGCAAAAAGCUUUUCUGAGGAUGAAAACUUUAAAUGUUUCUGUAAUGGCUUCUUCAUUACAAUGAUCUGCAGUUGUGAUGUUCUCCCAAGUGUGACCACAGGAUGAAUAUUCAUUUCUCUGAUUGGACUCUUUAUUGCUACUGUUAAUGCCCUAAGUAUGUGUCUAGGACAAGCAUUUUUUUAAAAAAGAUAUUUAGUCUGUCCUGUAAGGCUGUAGACAUAAUGUCUUAGUUUUGACACCUAACAACUAUUUAAGUAGGCAGCUGUUUCUUUAGCAGUUUUACAGACAUCUGACAUAUAGGUGGUGGAUUUUUAUU